AUGUCCGAUGCUACGGCUUAUAUUUGUCCCGUUUGUGUUUACAAUUCAGAUAAUCUUGAAGAUUUAGAAGCACAUUUAUCUAAAAUUGUCACCACAAACACCGUGAAACGUAUUAAACGACACUCAUCUGAAUCUCUCAGUACAACAGCUUACAUUAAUUUGGAUGAUGAUGAAUCGUCCAGAUUAGAAAAUGGUGGAGAACAAGACGAAGAAGGUGAUGAAGAAGAUGAGGUUGACGAAUAUGAAAGAGAUGAUAUGAAAGAAGAAGAUAUGACAUCUUCAAGCUUAACUUGUCCAGUUUGUCAAGUAAAUUAUCACCGAACUGGACAUCUAAUGAGACAUAUGAAACGAAAACAUAAUAUAGAAAAUUUACCAACAAAUAAUAAUAGUUUUUUACAGCAACAACAACAACACAUGACAAAUGGUAUUAAUCAAAUUAAAGAACAGACAUUCAACGCAGCUAUCGAUCUACCAUCAGCAUCUCAAACAUCAUCGGCAUCAGGAAGUGAUUCUCCAAUAAUAACUGAUUCGAUUACUGAAUGUCCCUAUUGUGAAUAUAAAACAAAUGAUAUUGAACAAUUUAAAUUUCAUAUUGCUGCUCAUAUUCGUGAUAAAAAUUAUCGUUGUUUAUUAUGUAAUCGUUUAUAUAAAUAUCGUGGUGAUUGUUCAUUUCAUAUUCGACGAAAACAUCAUCGUUAUAGUGCAAAUUCAAAUGAUUAUAUUCAACGUUUUGUAUUUGAUACUGGUGAUGAUGAAGGAAGUAAUAAUAACAAUAACAACAAUAAUGGUACAUCAAAUAGCAAUGGUAAUGGUUUGAGUGGUACAAAAGAUAAUUUAGCAAAUGAUAAUGAUUUAUCUAUGCCAUCAAGAUAUUUUGGUUGUCCCUAUUGUGAUUAUACAUCGAACUAUGGUGGAGAUGUGAGAAAACAUCAGGCACGAAAACAUCCAAAUGUUGAAUCGAAAGUAAAUAAAAUAAUUCGACAAGAACAAGAGCAACAACAAAAUACUGAAUUACAUAGAAAUGAAAGUGGUAGUGAAAGUGAUAAUCAACAGUGUGGUUCAAAUGAUGGUGAACAAUUUCAAAGGCAAGAAGAAGAUAUGGAGCAGCCAGAGGAAAAUGAGAGAACACCCGAUGAAAUAGAGCAGCCUAAAUCGACCGUCAAAAUAACAAAAAAAAAGACAGCUUCCGAAUUAUUUAUGCAAAAUAUGGAUCAAAUCAUACAGCAAACAAAUUUAUCAUUAAUAUCAAAUUUUGCACCAGUACGUGUAUUUCAAUGUAGUUGUUGUCAUCAACAAGGUACAUAUAAAUGGGUAGUUGAAAGACAUAUUCGAGCGAAACAUCCCGAUAUGCCCGAUGUUAGAGUGAUUGAAUUACCAGCUGAAUUAGCUGUCAAAUUACAAAAAAUAACACCACCAUUAAAACGUUUUCGUUGUUCAUUAUGCCCAUUACAAUCGAAACAUACAUGGGUUAUCGUUCGACAUAUUAAACAUUUUCAUACAUUACAAACAGCAACCGUUUUGGAUAUAUUACCAGAAAAUGGUACACCAUUAGUAAAUCCCAAAACUACCAAUGAACAGUUUCCUUCCGGAAACGGAGAAUAUUCCGAUGAAAAAAUACUUGAACCAAGUAAUACUGAUGCCAAUUCAUCAUCAUUAAGCAGUUCGUAUACCGAUACAGAUGCAAAACGUCAUUCAAUAGCGUCUAAACCAAAUUUAUUAAAAGUAAAUUCAAUCAAAAAUAAUUUAAAUACAUUAAAAGAAGAAUUGAAUGAUGAGAUGGAUGAGGAGGAAGAAGAAAGCGAUAGUGGCUAUUUUCCCGUUAAAAACAAUCUAAUAAUAAAGUCGGAACAAGCAGAUUUUUCAACUAUGUAUACCUGUCAAUGUUCAUUAUGUGAUUAUCAGUCAAAAUUUCCAAUGAAAAUACAACAACACUUACAAGAAAAACACGGGAAUCAGAUGGAUGGUCACGUAUUAACACAUAGCACGAAUAAUAAUCAUGAAUUAAAUGGAAUACGACUUCAACAGCAGAAAAUGUCAACUAAAAAAUCAACACAUACGAAAAAUGGUACAAUGACAACCACAACUAUAGCAACAACAAAAGGCCCCAUCCGUCCAUUAUCACCAUCGAGUGCAUUAGCCAAAGCAAAAUUUUCACCAGCUGUUGAAGAAGCCCUACUUUCGUUACAAAGUUCAAAGUCAGCCGGUUUAUAUGCUAUACAACCAAAAUUUGGCAUUAAACGUCUGAAAUGUCGACAUUGUUUUUAUCGGUCAAAUUGGAAAACAGACAUGAUUCGACAUGUACGAAUUCGACACAAUAUGACAGAACCAGAUCAUAAUAAAGAUAUGAUUAUGAUGACCGAAAGUGAAGCACGAUCGACAAUAGAAACGUAUGAAAAUACAUUUGGAAAAGAAUUGCGUCGACGAACAUUUCGAACAUGGCAAGAUUGGGCAAAAGCUGAAAAAGAAUUUACACCAAAAGAUGGAUCUCUCCAAUACAGUAAACAGUCCAUUAAUGGUAAUUUAUCAUCGAUAGAUCACAUGAAUUACAAUGAUGGUAAACCCCAUAAUUCAUUAUUAUCAAAAUCAAACAAUAAAAAAACUGUCAUAACGCAUAACGUACCAUUAGUGUCAUCACUAUCGUCAAAUAUAAAACAACAAUCACUUGAAGGACGUUUAGAUGAUAAUAUUAAACGACGAAAAGUUCAUAUAACAACAGAUUUUAUUCAGACUGAAUUUAAACAAGAACCACCCGAUGUUGUCUGUGUAUUACAGCAACAGCCAACCCAAUUAUAUUCAACAAUGCAAAAAACAUCAUGGAAUGAUCAAUCAUUAAAACAAUUACCAAACUAUCCAUCUAAUAUUGUCAACCGUUUAUUAUUGUCAUCUUCGUCGUCUCCAUCUCAAUUCAAUUUGUCAACACAAAAUGAUGGCUCAGAAGAUGUACCUCUAGAUUUAUCACUGAAAACAACAACAAAACCAACAACUCGGACGGAGUCAAUUAUAUUAGAAACAUUUUAUGAUAAUGAUGAAGCUGAUACAUCAUGUAUCAAUGACCAACAGCAGACAUUAUCAUCAACAUCACGAAAUUUGAUUUCAUGUUCUUUAUGUCCAUUUCAACAUCGAAAUUCAUCGAUAAUGGAACAUCAUCUAUCAUUACAUCUACAGGGAAAAGGUUAUCAAUGUUUACUAUGUAACUAUACAUCAGAAAUACGUUUAAAAAUACAAAAACAUUGUUUAUCUGUUCAUGAAGAUCCACAUGUGCAAAUAUUACAAACAAUAAGAAAUCUAGAUGCUAAAGCGAUACCUCCUUCACCAUCAGUCUUAACCCAUGACAUAGAUGAAGAUGAACAUCUUUGUUCAAUAUGUCCAUAUAAAUGUGCUGAUCGUCAACUAUUUGAAAAACAUCUCAAAUAUCAUACACGACUUUCAGAAUAUAAAUGUAAUUAUUGUAAUUAUUCUGCUAAUAAUGAAUAUAUGAUAAAACAACAUGAAUUAUUACAUAAAAGUAAUAGUGAUUAUGAUAAUGAAGAAUUUCUUGAAUUAGAUUCAGAGUUAGAAGGUGUGAAUGAAAUUGAAGAGAAAGAUGAUAAUACCUUAUAUAAAACUACCUCAACAACAGCAUAUGAAUAUGAAUGUCCAUUAUGUGGAAAACAACAAACAAAUUUAGAACAAUUUACACUUCAUUUACAUUCCCACAAUCAAAAUAACAAUCAAUGUCCAUUUUGUUCUCAUUUAUCAUCAUCAAAUAAUUUAAUUAUUGAACAUAUUAAAUUACAUUUCAAUGGUCAUCUAACUGAACCAAAUUUAUUACUUGGAAUUGAACGUGUUAAAGAGUUAUUAGAACAAUCAUGA